AUGAUCAGUAUUAAACACAACCUACUAAAGCAUCUUAAAUCCCUUGCCAACCCAAUUAAAGUGGCAGUGAGAACUUCUCAAUACUCCCUUAUUUAAAGAUAGACAUUCAAUUUUUCAAGCUACUCUGAAUAAAGUGGAGGAAGUCGUGGGGGUUAUAGCUAGAGCUCUAGACCAUAGACUAAUCAAAGACAAGGUGACUUCAAGCCGAAGAAAAAUGUCUUGACUACUUUCACUCUUGAGAACAUAUAAGAUAAGGUCACUCUUGCAGAUUUACAUGAAAACAGUAGGUAAAAACUUAUUGAUGCUGGAAUCUAGGAGCUAAUGCCAGUCCAACAAGCUACUUACAAUCUAUUUAUCAAUAAUAAUGAAAUAAUAGUCAAGUCGAGAACAGGUACUGGAAAGACACUUUCCUUCUUAUUACCACUAGAGGAGUUAAUUAGACGUAAAAAGGAAGAGCCAUCGUCAAGAGGAGCUAUUCAUGCUAUUAUUUUAGAACCAACUAGAGAAUUAGCUUCAUAAGUAUAGACAUAAGUAGAGAAAUUUACUCGUCUCAAGUCAGUUCUUGUAUAUGGAGGAGGAGAUAGAAGAGAGUACUAAAUGAAUUAAAUCAACAGGACAAAGCCAGAUAUUCUUGUCUGCACUCCAGGAAGAUUGAUUGACUUAUUGCAAAAUUCUGGCCUUCAAUUAUCUGAGGCCUAGUACUAAAUUCUUGAUGAGGGAGAUAAAAUGCUUGAUAUGGGUUUUGAGGAGGACAUUAUUGAAAUUUAAAAGUACUUACCUUAGACUGCAAGAAGCAUGAUUUUCUCAGCCACUGUUCCAGCUUUCAUUUAGGAACUAGCCAAAAAGAAAUUUGAUAACCCAAUACUCCUAGAUUUAGUAGGAAAUGAUACAAAUCAAGUUCCAGAGAGAAUUCAAAAUAUCGGUAUUAUGAUUAGUGACUAGAAAUAAAGAGCAAAACACAUUCAAAGAUUUAUAGAGGAGAAUAGAGAUAAAAAGAUUAUCAUCUUCACUGAGACUAAAUAAGAAGCCAGAGACUUUGAAAAAGAAACAUAUGCAAAUUUUCUUACUCUUCAUGGAGAUCUUGAGCAAUCUUAGAGAGAGAGUAGACUUAAUCAAUAUCGUGAAAAGAGUUCCAAGAAAAUUUUAGUAGCAACUGAUGUAGCUUCUAGAGGAUUAGAUAUUGAUGAUAUUGAUGUCGUUAUCUAGCUAGGUUGCAGACAUGUUGAUUCAUUCGUACAUAGAUCUGGCAGGACAGGUCGUGUAGGAAAGAAAGGCACUAAUAUAAUCUUCUUUGAGAAGGAUGAGUUCAAAUUCAUCUUGAAUCUAGAAGACGAACUUAAUAUAAAAAUUGAAAUAUCAUCAAACCUUAAUAACACCAACAAAUAAGAAAUCCUAAAUGGAGUUGUGAAUGAUUUUAAGCAUAAAGCUCUCAGAAAGAAGAAGUUUGACUAACUCGAUGUAAUUAAUUAGAUGAAACAAGACAGCUAUCAUAGCGAGACUGAGGAGAAUAAAGAAAAAGUAUUAAAUUUCUUGUUCCAUAACUACUUGUUGAGUCAUUCAGCCUUGCCAACACAACUUUCAUUUUUACAAUCAGAUUCUAAUCUUCAAACUUAUUAUGCUAGAUUAGAAGGAGCAAAAUCUAAAGAGAGUAGACAGCUUUCAAGCAAUCUUAGAAAUUACUUGGAUGAAAAUAGAAUUAGAUAUAUUUUUGACAUAAAGGGUGAGACAACUCAUUUUAUGAUUGAUGCAUCUACUUUAUAAGAAUCUGAUAUUCAAGAGAUAAUAGGAUAAGCCACAGAUAUUGAAACUGAGUUCAGAGAAGUACAUGUUCUUGGAGAAAUAGAGAAAGGUUUGAUAUAAAAGAAGCUAUUGAAUAACAGCAAUAGUUCUAGAGGAGGUAAUGAUUAUGGGAAUCAAAGAAGUGGCGGUGGAUACACUAAUUAUGGAUAUGCUUAAAAUAGAAGUCAGAGUUAUAGUAGAGAUGGAGGAAACAGAGGAGGAUACGAUUCAAACAGAUCAUCAAAUAGAUCUUUCAUUAAUAAUAGAAGUGGUUCAGGUAAUAAAGGUGGUUCAGGAUUUGGUGAUAUAAGAGGAGGUAACAACAGAUCAAAAGAUGAUGAAAUAGCUUUUUGA